AUGGAUCCCAUGAACCAGCAAGCACCUUGCAAAUAUUUCAUGAAGGGAAAUUGUAAAUUUGGAGCCAAGUGUGCUCUGGCUCAUUAUUUGCCAGAUGGACGACGGGUCAACCGAGCAGAUCUCGACGCCGGUCUAGCCAUAGCGAGUAGAAGCUUCAAUUACACCAGUCGACAAGAACAGACUCCAUAUCACAACCAAGAUCCUAGCCUGGUUGAUCCUAUGCUAGGCCCUCCAAACUACGGUGCCGACUAUUUCCCUAGCCAGGCCUUUCCACUCAUUGACGCCGACGAGGGAGACGGCUCCCCAGACCGGUACAACCAAUAUCAGAAUCGCUCCGCUUUUGACUCUGGAUUAAAUUCGCCACCCACGUCUCAAUUUGGCUCCCCUCCCAAUGAUAAUCCCUUCCCCAAGUCUCCCGUUGAUAAUAUCAGAACUGCCCUCAACGCCCCUCUCCCACAAUCUUUUGAUGCAAAUGGCAUAUCUCACAUCGCCAAGUACGGUCCUCUUGGUCAGUCAGUACCCGACAAAUUCGGAAUGCGAUCCCCUGCAUCAUCUUCACUUUCAAGACAGCUUGGCAGUCCGCCAGAGUCCAUAGUCAACGUUCGAAAUGCCAAUCUUGGCUCCAAUUUGCGGAACGCAUCAUCUCCAUUGGGGCUCUCACCCCAGAACGUCGAAGAAUCGAUUGGACAGAGAAUCAUGCAUUCUCAAAAAUCUGUCAAGGCCAGAGGUUUAUCAGCAAGUGUCCCUCGCUCCAAUCUUGGUCAUGAAUGGGGUGAAGGAUUUGGCCUUGAAAGUGAUCUUUUGCCCAAUAGUCUCCACGACGAAGUACUUACUCCCCAGGAAAAGAUGAGACGAUUUUCAAGACCGGAGCAAGAGUUGGGUCCCAGAGAUCACACCCAUGCCCUAGCCAUACCCAGUGGUACAUCAAGCAAUGUGGGCUCACCACCAGCGGGAAGCCCUUCCCGAUUCAGUGCGCUAUGGGCAGAACAGCGAGAACGGAAGGCAGCAGAAACCCCAGGAACAACCGGCUUUGGCCACGUUGGCUCUCCGCUGCGAGGAUCAUGGAUGCCUAACGAGCCUUCACCGAGUACACAGAUCUCGGGCAUUUCACAAGCCAUGGCUCGAAUGCAGUUGAAUCGAGCUGACUCGGGGGAAUCCAACGGAGCAAGAGUGCAACUUGGUAGCGGUCUUAGGCAUUCCUCAGCCCCCAUUGGCCGUUUUGAACGUGGCAUAUCUAGCCCCGGUCUAAGCUCGAAGAAGAUCGACGAGGAGGAAGGCGCUUUUUUUCCAAUGGAUGAGACGAAUUGGUCAGGUCAGUCACCGAGAUUGACACCUCUGCGUGAAAAACCCAAUGGUGAUUUCUCGCGAGGCCGCAAAGACUCUAGUCUCGGUGAAGACGGUGGAGUGAAACCCAUGUGGGGGUAUCGAUCAUGA